UUCAUUUGUAUCCACAAAUUGCCAAGUUAGGUUUAUUGGUUGAUUUGGGAAAAGAGAGAGAUGAGGGUCCCCACUCCCCACCAGGAUUUGUCUGUAAAUGAAUAUAUCACUAGCACUCGUAAGAUAAUGGUGAGUCAGGAUGAAAUUGGGCCGGCAUGGUUGAAGCCGCUGCUCAAGGCUAACUACUUCGAUACUUGCACAAUUCACGGUGAUUCAAAUAAGAGCGAAUGCAACAUGUAUUGUUUGGAUUGCAUGGGAAGUAAUGCUCUUUGCUCUUACUGUUUGGCCAAUCACAAACACCAUCGCCUUGUACAAAUAAGAAGAUCGUCAUACCAUAAUGUGGUGAGGGUGAGUGAAAUUCAAAGAUACCUAGACAUAUCUUGCAUUCAAACAUACAUUAUCAAUAGCGCCAAGAUUGUGUUUCUGAAUGAGCGUCCCCAGCCCAGACCAGGAAAGGGGGUUACCAAUACUUGUGAAAUCUGCGGCCGCAGCCUACUUGACACUUUCAGAUUUUGCUCCCUCGGCUGCAAGCUGAAUGGUAUUAGGCGAGGCGAUGAAGAGUUGACAUUUACAUUGAAGGCGAAGACGAAUGAAUAUUGGGAUGAUGAAUCAUCGACCCCAAAGAAGAAGCAGCGCAGGGACGAGAAAGUAACGUUUGGGUUUCGUCAUCUGAAUAUUGAGGCAUACAAUAUGUCUCCUGACUACAACCACAACAAUUCAAACAGGAGGAAAGGCAUUCCACAUCGUGCCCCUUUUUGAUAAUUCAUUAAGGCCGGCCGGCUCAUCAAAUUACAACAAUACGGUUCCGUCGUCACACAU